CAAACUGCAUACAUUAUGUGAUUAGUGACGACUGCUGCAGUAAGAGAGAGGGAGAAGGAGUUGGGUGGUGGUGGGCUGGUGACAGAACUGAGAGCUUCUUUCCCUCGUAAUGUGAUCGCCUCUCUGCUGCAUUUCCCUACAAUGCAAGGGCUUUGUAGUGAUGGUCCCCUCCUCUUCAUCUCUCUGUAAGCAGUAAUCUCUGAUCGCUCUUGCAGCCUCGCAGCUUUCUCUCCUGCCACAGCGCAUCUCUCUUCGCAAGGCUCGGGUCUGCACUCUCCCCAGUGAGGAUGACAUCCCCAAAUUUGAUGAAGCAGCAAAUCUCUCAUUCUGGCUGGUGGCUUCCACGGGAGACCCCACAUGCGCAGGCUGACUGGACGAGGAUGUGCUGCGUUUAAGGGGCUUUGUGGGAAACCUAGCAGCUCCAGCAGACUCCAAAUCCAACAUCAUUCGUCGAUUCUGUGGAUUAGAGCAUCCAUUUUGGAAACCCGUUUUAACACCAAAAAGGACGACUUGCUGGACACAUGUCACAGGUAUUACUCCACUGAUGGUUGAGCAGGAGAUCUCACUUGUCCAAAGAAAGAUGUCUGACCUGGAGUCAGUUCUGCAGCAAAAGGACAUAGAGCUCAAGGCCUCAGAGACUCAGAGAACCAUCCUGGAACAGGACCUGGCAACCUACAUCACAGAAUGCAGUAGUCUGAAGCGGAGUUUGGAACAAGCUCGAAUGGAAGUAACACAGGAAGAUGACAAAGCACUGCAGCUUCUACAUGACAUCAGGGAGCAGAGCAACAAGCUUCAGGAAAUCAAGGAACAGGAGUAUCAUGCCCAGCUGGAGGAGAUGCGAGUCUCAAUCAGACAGUUGGAGGAAGACCUGUCGGCAGCCCGUCGCCGUAGCGACCUGUAUGAAGCGGAACUGAAGGAAUCUCGCCAGAACAGCGAGGAGCUGAAGAGAAAGGCAACAGACUACCAACACAGGAUGCAGAAGGCAAGAGAGCAAGGCAAAGCUGAGGGAGAGGAGCAAAUCGGCAAAUUAGAGAAGACCAACAGUGAGCAGCUGAUGAAGAUCCAGGAUCUUCAGGAGAAGCUUUCAAAGGCCUUGAAGGCCAGCGCUGAAGCUACAGACCAUCUUCAGAGCAUGAGAGUGGCCAAAGAUCGCAUGGAGCGUGACCUGGAGAGACUCCAGAACAAAGAAGACUCUAGUGACAGUCUGAGGCGUCGCCUCCGUGAGACUGAGGACGGCAGGAAGACGCUGGAGAACCAGGUGAAACGACUGGAGAUUGUUGAGCGUCGCGAGACGAAACUGAAAGACGAGCUCCAGAGCAAGGGCCAGCAAAUACAGCAGAUGGCAGAUAAGAUUCUGGAGCUUGAAGAAAAUCUGCGUGAAACACAAGCCACAGCCCAGCGGCUGGAGACUCACUUGAAGCAGAAGGAGAAACUCUAUGAAGACAAAAUAAAGGUUCUUGAGACUCAGAUGAAGGCAGACAUGGCUGAUAAGGAAAUGCUAGAGUCCAGUCAGAGCAAAUAUGAGGAGGAGGUGCGGGACAAGUGCAGCAUCAUCAGUGAACAGAAGGCGACAAUAAAUGCCAUGGACUCCAAGAUGAAUAGUCUGGAGCAGAGAAUAUCAGAGCUGUCUGAGGCCAACAAGCUGGCUGCCAACAGCAGCAUCUACACCCAAAAAAACAUGAUGUCUUUCAUAUGGGACAGGAAAGCCCAGGAAGAGAUGAUCACAGAGCUCCGCCAGCAGAAGUUCUACUUAGAGUCUCAGGCCGGGAAGUUGGAGGCCCAAAAUGCAAAGCUGGAGGAGCACUUAGAGAAGAUGAGUCAGCAGGAGCAAAGCAACAAGAGCCGCGUGAUGGAGUUGGAAACCAGGCUGAGAGAGAUCGGACUGGAGCACGAAGAGCAGAAGCUGGAGAUCAAGCGACAGGUGACUGAGUUGACCCUGUCACUGCAGGAGCGCGAGUCCCAAAUCAGUAACCUGCAGGCAGCCCGCCACGCUUUGGAGAGCCAGCUGCAGCACGCCAAGACCGAGCUAGAGGAAACCACUGCAGAGGCCGAGGAGGAGAUCACUGUGCUAAGAGCGCACAGAGAUGAGAUCCAGCGCAAGUUUGAUGCCUUGAGAGACAGCUGUGCGGUGAUCACAGACCUGGAGGAGCAGCUGACCACACUGACCCAGGAAAACGCUGAGCUGAACCGCCAGAACUUCUACCUGUCCAAGCAGCUUGAUGAAGCUUCUGACGAAAGAGAAGACCGGAUGCAGCUCAGCCAGGAUGUGGACCGUCUGCGCCAUGAGGUGGCCGACCGUGAGAUGCAUCUGAACAACCAGAAACAGAACCUUGAGACCCUGAAGACCACAUGCACAAUGUUAGAGGAGCAAGUACUCGAGCUGGAGACGCUGAAUGAUGAGCUGCUAGAAAAGGAGAGACAGUGGGACGCGUGGAGGUCGACACUGGAAGAUGAGAAGAACCAGGCUGAGAGGAGAACUCGGGAGAUCCAGAGAAUGUUGGACACUGAGAAGCAGAACAGACUUCGUUCAGAGCAGCGCAGUUCAGAGUCUCGGCAGGCGGUGGAGCAGGCCGUGAAGGAGCACAAGACCGAGAUCAUGGCCCUGCAGCAGGCCCUCAAAGACCAGAAGCUCAAAGCUGAGAGCCUUGCAGAUACACUCAACGAUCUUGAAAAGAAACACUCCAUGCUGGAGAUGAACGCCCGGAGUUUGCAGCAGAAGCUUGAAAGUGAAAGAGAUCUCAAACAGCGGUUGCUGGAGGAGCAAGAGAAGCUCCAGCAGCAGAUGGACGCUCAGAAGGCCCACAUCUUCCGCCUCACUCAGGGGCUGCAGGACGCUCUGGACCAGACUGACCUGCUAAAAACAGAACGAACUGAUUUGGAGUAUCAGCUAGAGAACAUCCAGCUCCACCUGCAGGCCGUAUACUCCCAUGAGAAGGUGAAAAUGGAAGGAACCAUCACUCAGCAGACCAAACUCAUUGACUUCCUGCAGGCCCAGGCCCACGGCGGCUCCAAGAAGAAGAAGGGUCUUUUUGGGCGGCGGCGUGAGGACCUGCUGGCUGCCAUGGCUGCCCAGGCCCAGGGUCAGAGUCAGGGCCCUGUUCCACCAGCACCCCCUCUUCAGUCAGUACCCCUGCAGUACAGUGACAUGAAGGCAGCGCUGGACAAAGAGCGAACACGAUGCACUGAGCUCGAGGAUGCUCUGCAGAAAAUGAGAGCAGAGUUGAGAUCUCUGCGAGAAGAAGCCCUGCAGUAUAAGGAUCAUGGGAGCUCUCCUAACCCGGCAUCAGCACGGCAGCAGAUGAUCAUGUCUGCCAUGGUGAAGUCGCCGGAACAUCAGCAAGCCCCGACCAGCUUGGCGCCUUCCAACUCGGGUCGCAGGAAGGAGGUCGCAACACCAGAAGAGCGAAGGAGGGUCACAUUUGAAAAGUACAGCCGCCGUUUGAAAGACAGUCAGCGCGACCGGGAGAGGGAGCGGGAGAGGGUUCUCCUCAACACCGCUCACCGCUUCACAGUGGGGCUCAACAUGCGAGCUGCCAAGUGCACUGUGUGUUUGGACACCGUCCACUUUGGUCGGCAAGCUGCCACCUGCCUCGAGUGUCACGCUUUAUGCCACCCGAAAUGCUCGCCGUGCCUUCCAUCGACUUGUGGCAUGUCGAGCGACUGCUCCUUGCAUCUGUCGGAGGGUUUGUGCCGGGACAAAGGGAGCCAGCAGCUGAAGGAAGCUGGGGGUCACAUGCACCUGGAGGGCUGGAUGAAGCUGCCCAGAAAUGGGAAGCGUGGCCAGGGCUGGGAGAGGAAAUAUGUGGUUUUAGAUGGCACAAAGGUUUCCAUCUACGAGAUCGAGCCACGAGAAGAUGGGACGAAGCCAGUGGAGGAGUUCGACUUGUGCUUGUCGGAUGGAGAAGUGGACGUUCACGGAGCAGUGGGUGCUACUGAGCUACCAAACACAGCCAAGUCAGAUGUGCCAUACGUCCUGAAGCUUGAGACGCGCUGCCACGCCCCCUGCUGGCCUGGACAGUCCAUUUACUUCAUGGCUCCCAGUUUCCCAGACAAGCAGCGCUGGGUGGCUGUGAUGGAGACGGUGGUCGCCGGUGGGCGAGCUUCUCGAGAGAAGGCAGAGGCCGACGCUGCUGCUGUUUCCAAAAGACUAAUGCUUCUGUCUCCUAUGGUGCAGAAGCUCCUGGGAAACUCCCUGCUGAAGCUGGAGGGCGACGACCGACUGGACAUCAACUGCACUCUGCCCCUGACUGACCAGAUCGUCCUGGUGGGCUCCGAGGAGGGUCUGUACGCGCUGAACGUCAUCAAGAACUCCUUGACUCACAUCCCCGGCCUGGGCUCGGUCUUCCAGAUCCACAUCAUCAAAGAGCAGGAGAAACUUCUGCUGAUUGUUGGGGACGAGAGGGCCUUGUGUCUGCUGGAGAUAAAGCGAGUGAAGCAGUCUCUGGCUCAGGCCCACCUGCCCAGCCAGGCGGAGCUGGCCCCCUACAUCUUUGAGACAGUAAAAGGCUGCCAUCUGUUCGCGGCGGGCCGAAUAGACAACGGACCUUGCAUCUGCGCUGCCAUGCCCAACAAGAUCACCAUCCUGCGCUACAACGACAACCUCAACAAGUACUGCAUUCGUAAGGAAAUAGAAACUCUGGAGCCCUGCAGCUGCAUCCACCUCACCAGCUACAGCAUCAUCAUCGGCACCAACAAGUUCUACGAGAUUGAGAUGAAGCAGUUUGUGCUGGAAGAGUUCCUGGACAAGAACGACGUGUCUCUGGCCUCCGCGGUCUUCGCCGCCUCCUCCCACAGCUUCCCCAUCGCCAUCAUGCAGGUGUCCAGCAGCCUGCAGAAGGACGAGUUCCUGCUCUGCUUCCACGAGUUUGGAGUGUUCGUGGACACGUACGGACGCAGGAGUCGCACCGAGGACCUGAAGUGGAGCCGCCUGCCUUUGUCUUUUGCCUUCAGGGAACCGUACCUGUUUGUGACCUACUUCAACUCCCUGGACGUCAUCGAGGUUCAGGGCCACGCCGCUCUGGGAGUGGCGGUUCUGGCCCACCUGGACAUCCCCAACCCCCGAUACCUGGGCCCGGCCAUCUCCUCCGGCGCCAUCUACCUGGCCUCAUCCUACCAGAACAAACUGAGGGUGAUUUGCUGCAAGGGCAGUCUGGUCCGAGAGUCCGGCGAGCUGCAGAGGACCGGCUCCAGCCGCGGGAGUCCCAGUAAGCAGAGGGGGCCACCGACCUACACCGAGCACAUCUCCAAGCGACUCACCUCGGGUCCCGGGAGUCACGACGGGCUGCACCGAGAGCCCAGCACCCCACACCGCUACCGCGAGGGCCGCACUGAAUUCAGACGGGACAAGUCUCCCGCCAGGCUGCUGGACCGGGAGAAGUCCCCCGGCAGGGUCCUGGACAGUCGCCGGGAGCGCUCGCCGGGGAGGUUCGCCGACAGCAGCCGCCUGCACGCGGGCUCCGUGCGCACGCAACUCGCACCAGUCAACAAGGUCUGGGAUCAGUCGUCAGUGUGAGCCGCCGCCUGGUCUGGAUCACCUGUGUGUAAAUACAGCAGCCUCACGCGUCCAUGUGCACCUGAAGACAAUCCCCAGUCCAGCCCUCGCAGCUUCGAGGCGCUGGCACGUCAUGGAAGAGCAGACCCGAACUUUCUUCCAUCCAGAGUGUAAAUAUCGAUGUUUGAGUUUUUAUAAAGGGAAGAGUCGGCCGGCGAAGCCAAGUCUAUUUUUUUUAAACCGUCUUUCUAGAGAUGUGGCGGGAGAGAGGCAGGCGCGAGGCGCGGGCAGCACUUUGCACAGACACUCAUGAUUACUUUGGUUGAGGUCAGAGGUCGAGGGAGACCACCACCACCACCACCACCUCCAUAUUUGCUUUAGUGACCGAUCAUCUUUGUGUUGGUGGCAGUGAAUCUAAGCUACGGAAACAACCGGCUCGCUCUCCAUCUCCGGUCCGCAUGACUCUCACCAGGCAGCAGUCGCCGCUUCGGGUUCUUUCUCUUGGUUGUGAUUUUGUCACGUGAUCACUCUGUAUCAGUGAGUACAUUGAUGUUCCAGUGGCUUUGUUCUUUUUGGGUAUCUCAGUACAUUAAACAAGACUGAAGUGACGCGUUUGAGUGUGUCG